AUGCCCAGCCGAAUGCGGAGAAUUCAAUUUCUCUUCGGAGCCUCUACUGAAAGCAAAGCAAAAUGGACCUGGACAUCGACGAGAAGCAGAAAUGAGAGGAAGACAGUGAUGACAGACACCCCCAUUCGCCAUUCCCAGCCGUGGCAUCGACUGGACCAGUCCCACGCGACGACUGCUGGUAGGAGUUCUGAAGUUUCUCCCGCAAUAGCCAAUUCCGCUAUUCAUUAUCAACUUCGAGGCCACGAAGGACAAGACCCACUGAUUUCAAGGUCUGAUUCGCAACACCACCUUGAAUGUGCGAGUGAUAGGCAGCAAAUUCAUUCAGAAGACAACAAUAUGUCGCAGAAAACAUCCACUUCACGGAAUCAGUCACCCACCUUAACUGUGGAAAACAUCAAACAGCAGGAGCUAAUGGGGGGACUGGCCCCUCUCCCUGAUGGUGGGUACAUCAGGGGUCCCGCCAGUCCCAGUGAAACCCUCCUGCGGGCGGGCUGGCAGGUGCAAGACGCCCUCGAAGCUGAUUUAGACAAUGGGAAUGGUCCCCAUUGUUCCGGUACCUAUCAGGUGCCCCAUGAGCUACUUGGGAUUGACAGGCGCCAGCUGUUAAGAAAACAUUAUCAGGCUCCCUGCUUCUCCCGACAGAUAGAGGGGAUAGCUGCUUAA